AUUUGGAAUUUAAUUAUAAUAAAUUUAUAAUUAAAUGACUUCACUUGGCACGGUUUCCUCUUUCGGUAAUAUCAAAGGACCUGACGUUCCUGAUUUCGGUGCGUUUAAGGUAUCGAAUGAGUUAUUUGGAUGGAAGAAUAAAAGAACCGGCGAAGUAUUACAACACAGGUCAUCCGACGUCUCCUCAAUCACCUUCGUUAAAACCAACUCCAAUUUGUACCAAUUGAGAAUUGAGUUGAAUGAGUCAAAGCAAUUUAAAGUCUUAAGAUUCGACGGAUUCACUGAAAAAAAUGUGCUGGAUUUGAGUAAGCAUUUUGAGGAGAAUUAUAAGAUGUCUUGUGAGAAGGAUGAGGUUUCUUGUACUGGUUGGCAUUGGGGGACUUAUGAAUUUGACAACACCACGUUCAGACUCAGAAUUAAUAAUAAUUCUGGCCUUGACAUUGAUGCCCAAUCAAUAAUUCAGGCCACAAUUCCUUCAAAAACUGAUCUUGCCAUUGAGCUCAAGAAUGUUAACACGCUUAAUAAUUCUGAUGAACUUGUUGAAAUCAGGUUCUGCCUUCCAAAUAAACUCGAUCCCGAAGAUAAUGAAAUUCAACUCGAAGAUCUUAAACAAACGUUUUUGGUGAAGAGUGGUUUGGAUGAGAUGAAGAGUGAGAAGAUAGCGUUAUUGAUGGACAUACCAUUAAUAGUGCCCAGGGGUCGUUAUGAAAUUGAGUUCACCAAAAGAAGUAUUAAACUCCAUGGCAAAAGCUACGAUUACACCCUUUUAUUCACUAAUAUUAUCCGAAUGUUCCUCCUACCAAAACCCAACAGCCCAUACAUCAAUUUUAUUCUAGGAUUAUCCCAAUCGAUGAGACAGGGUCAGACUCGUUACGCCUACAUAGUAAUGCAAUUUGAAAGUGACCAUGAGACUAAAGUCGACCUAAACCUCCAAGAACAAGACCUCAAGCAAUACAAACUCGAUAAAGUCCUCGAAGGCAAGACGUAUAACGUCGUCUCAAGGUUAUUUGGAUCUUUAGUUAACCGCUCCAUCGUCGUUCCCGGAGAUUUCAAAUCCGAAAAAGGAGAUUCAGCGAUAUCGUGUACGUAUAAGGCGACGAGUGGUCAUUUAUUUCCGUUGAACCGUUCCCUGUUAUUCAUCGUCAAACCCGUCAUUUUCAUCAGAUUUGAGGACAUUGUGAGUGUUGAGUUUAGCAGGACGGGUGCGACGACACAGAACCGUUUCUUCGCCAUCCUCGUCUCCAUGCGAGGCAAUAUCGAAUACGAAUUCACCAACAUCGAUAAAACCGAAUUCAAAUAUUUGAAUGAGUAUUUGCUGAGUAAGGACAUAAGGGUGAAGACGAGUGAGGAGACGGAGCACGUUGACAACACAAGUUACAACGAACAGGAGGAUCAAGAGGAAGAAGAGGACGACGAAGAAGAUGAAGACUUUCAAGACGAAUCUGAAGAAUCCGAAGAAGAGGAAUAA